AUGGAAACACCUUUUAAGGGAGUCAACUAUAUAAAUGAAAGUGUCCUUGACAGAGAGGCAAGAAGAAAGGAAGAAAAAAACAACAUGCUAUUAAAUAAACGACAGCAUCUAAUGAAACGACGUGAAUUGUUAGGAUUUCCUCCCAGGUAUCCUUCUCUGGCUAAAUACGAAGACUAUGAGGAUACAUGUGACUCUUCAUCAAAAAACAAGGGUGACAUGAAAGCUCAAGGCGUAAGUCCAUGCAGAGAUGGCACCGCAAAAUUACAUACUAAGAGCAUGAAUUCAUACAGAGGGAACUUAUUUAUGGCGCCUCCAGAAACCACCGGUCAUCCUAUCCCAAUGGAUCAGCCUUACGUCAGAGAUAGUAUUAUUCGAGCCAAACUUGGUGCUAGCCUUGAAAAUACAGAUCAUCAGGAAAAACCAUAUUUGAAAUCUGCUGUGUUUCCCCAGCUUGAAACUUUAAAUGCUAGGUUAGCAUCUGAAGAUGAGAAGAGACUACAACGUUAUUUGUUUACAACGAGUUAUCAAGCAGCCUACGGAAAACCUGUAAUUUUUGGCAAUACUACUUGUCGACGUAUAUACCCGAUAAGAACCUUGGAGAGUAUUCCAGAUCCAGUGAAAUUUCUUGCAAAGGAAAAUUCGUAUUUCCCUUCUACCAGUUCAUGGAUGCCGGAGAAGUUUGAUCCACUUCAGUAUGACCUGAAACAAACGAGAUAUCCGUAUAUAAAUGAAGACAGACCUUAUGAAGUAUGUUCACACUACCCACGUAUUGAUCAGAUACCAGGAUACAGUGGAUCAUUUACUACAAAUGACAGACGUGUUGAUAGUGAUAAUCCAUACAAAGAAUAUAAAUCAGUCAAUUUGGUUCGCCAGAAAAUUCCACAAGAAUACAAUUUUGAUUUGAGCUUUAAUAUGUCAGGAUAUACUGGUUAUCAGAAAAAGGAAAUGAGAAGUGAUGGUUCGCGACCAGAAUUUCAAUGUCCACCUUCCAAAGUGAAGGCAGUAACUUCUAAACCUACUGAAAAUCACUGUGAAAUCGUAUCCAAUGCAUAG